CGUGGUAGUUAUUUCGCGCAAAGUAAAUAAAAUGGGGCCAAACGGAUUGUUCCCAGAAACGCUUCUACAUUUAGCAAGAUCAUUGGCCCAAAUCCCAGAUCUGAAAUGGCUAAAGGUGCAGCAACUGUUGCAGAUGUGUCCCCAGAUACCCGCUGUGGGAGGAGGGCUGUGCAGGAUAGACCAGCGUAGGCAGGAUGCUAUGGUGGCGCUGGGGGUCUUCCUACUCGAAUCAGACCUCAAGUUCAAGGACGAGCUGGUUCCAUAUUUCAUUAGUCUUGUGAGAUGCAUACCCAAUGCACAAUGGAUUGAAGAAACAGGAUACAGGGUUAUUGAUGUAUUACCAAUGAGUGAGCGCUUUGCAUUCACCAUCACAACUCUUCUUUCUGACAUAGCGACCAAGGAUUCACACUACAGAGAUCAGAUUUUGUCAACAUUAGUUGAAGUUCUACAGGCACUAUGCAGGAUCUGCCAACAGCCAUCAGAACAUCCUCAAGUUGCUAUAUGCAAACACGUCAUGCCCGCAUUCCUGGGGAUGUCCCGUGCCAUAGGGCGCAGCAGCCAGGACCCAUCCUGCUCUCUCCUCAGUCGGAUGUACCCCUCAUCCAAGCACACCGCCUCCCAGACCCCUCCCCCAUCCUCCGGUUUGGACCAGACGUCCCCCAUGUACAGCUCCUUCCGACUCAUCGUCUCUGACGUC